GAAGAGACCCGGGUGUCGGCCUUCGACAGGCUCGACCGCGGACCGGAAGUUCGCCCGGGCGACCUCCGCCGACAAAUAACCGAAGGCAGGCGGAGAAAGGCGUGACGAGCGGAGAAAGGCGUGACGAGGCCCGAGCGGAGCGGAGCGGAGCGGAGAAAGGCGUGACAAAUGUCCGCGACAUCAAAUGCUCGCUCGGCGAGGCCCGAGCGGAGCGGAGAAAGGCGUGACGAGCGCACCCAGCAUCGCCAUAGCCCGACGAGAACUGAGAAGACGAAGGUCUCUGACCAAGGGGUAUCUCGGCUCGCUCGUGAGAUUGCCGAGCUCAAGUGUCGAGUGGAGACCAGGGCUCCAUACAGCCAGCCCAUCUUGCGGACGGUAACCCCGUUCACUCCGAGGGUCAUGUCGAUUCCACUACCGGCAAACUUUCGGUCGUGGCAGAUCAAGGCCUACAACGGAACGACGAACCCCCAAGAUCAUUUGUCCAAGUUCUACGCUUCCAUGGAAGCGGCGGCAGCCUCGGACGAGGUCAAGUGCCGAUGCUUUCUCGCGACGCUAGAGGGCUCCGCGUGCGAUUGGUUCAACCGGCUCCCGAAGGGAACCAUUGACGAUUGGGAUACGCUAGCGGAAAAGUUCUUGACGCAUUUCGCGGCCAACCGAAGGUAGAGACUACCUUACUCCCAUCUGCUCAGCAUAUGCAUCCGCAAGGGAGAGAAGGUCCGCGACUUCAUAAUCCGAUGGGAGAAGGAGACUAGAGACGUGCACGGGGCGGAUGACCAAGCUUUGGUGGCCAUGUUCCAAGCAGCCCUUCCUUGCGGAGAGGUGAGGAAGGAGCUCCGCAAGAAUCCUCCCCCCACGUACCAAGAAACCUUGGCGCGCGCUAAGUUCUUGG